AAUAACACAUUGUUUUCUAAUUAGAUACUUAAAUAGGAACAUCUCUUUAAUGUCUUCAACUUGCAUCUUAAGCAGCACCAAAGCUCAAUAGCAAUUAAAAAUGGAGAAGACCAAGAUUCAUGUUCCCAGAAUAAAACUCGGUAGCCAAGGCUUAGAGGUUUCUAGGUUGGGGUUUGGAUGUGGAGGGCUAUCUGGAAUUUACAAUGCCCCCCUUUCCCAUGAAGAGGGAUGUUCAAUUAUUAAGCAAGUAUUCAAUAAAGGUGUCACCUUCUUUGACACGUCAGAUCUUUAUGGGGAUAAUCAUGAUAAUGAAAUCAUGGUUGGCAAGGCCUUAAAAGAGUUGCCUCGCGAAAAAGUUCAGUUGGCUACAAAAUUUGGUGUCAUUAACAAUGGUGGGAUGAAUUUUGAAGUAAAGGGUAGCCCUGAAUAUGUGCGGAAAUGCUGCGAAGCUAGCCUUAAGCGACUUGAUGUCCAGUAUAUCGAUUUGUACUAUCAACAUAGAGUUGACACUUCAGUGCCAAUAGAAGACACUAUUGGGGAGCUGAAAAGGCUGGUAAAUGAAGGGAAGAUAAAAUAUAUUGGGCUAUCAGAGGCUAAUGUUGACACAAUAAGAAGAGCACAUGCGGUUCAUCCUAUUACUGCUUUGCAAAUGGAGUAUUCUUUAUGGAGCCGUGACAUUGAAGAAACUAUAAUUCCACUAUGCAGAGAACUAGGAAUCGGAAUAGUGGCGUAUAGCCCUCUUGGUCGUGGCUUUUUCGCUGGUAAAGCAGUGGUUGAGUCCCUUCCUAAUCAGAGCUUGCUGGCUACGCAUCCAAGGUUCAGUGACGAGAAUCUGGAAAAGAACAAGCCAUUUUAUAAAAGAGUUGAUGAGUUGGCUUCUAAACAUUCAUGCACUCCAUCUCAACUAGCUCUAUCAUGGCUUAUUCAUCAGGGAAAUGACAUAAUCCCAAUCCCAGGAACUACUAAACUGAGGAACUUUGAGAACAACAUUGGAUCUUUGGGUGUAAAGCUUACAGAACAAGAUUUGAGGGAAAUUUCUGAUACUGUUCCUGCCAAUGAAAUUGCUGGGGAACAAGAGUAUAGUACUUUAGAAAAAUACUCUUGGAAAUUUGCAACUACACCCUUACCACCAAAGUAAUUCUGCUGAUAAAAUGUUGCAAGUGUUGUGUUAUGCAUUGAUUUGUGCUGUAUUUGUAUUCAAUUCGACCACUAUGUUUAUCUCAACAAACUAGCCUGUGGGAUACCCCCAAGAAUGGUUUAUAAUAAUUAAUGUGACAGCAAGUAAGCAAAUAAGAAUAUAAAGAUUUUACCCA